AUGGCACCCUCAAAGUCAAGAAAGGUGGCCAUUGUUGGCAGUCGAUCAUUCGUCGACGGCCAUUUCGUCGAGAGCUACUAUCCUACCAUCGAGAACACCUUCAGCAAAGUUAUUAAGUAUAAGGGCCAGGAGUUCUCGACGGAGAUCAUCGAUACAGCUGGACAGGAUGAGUACAGUAUCAUGAAUAGCAAGCACUUCAUCGGUAUCCACGGUUAUGUGCUCGUCUACAGUGUGGCGUCCAAGUCCUCCUUCGAGAUGGUCCAGGUCAUCCGCGAGAAGCUGUUGAACCACUUGGGCGUCGAGUGGGUCCCCAUCGUCAUCGUGGGCAACAAGUCCGAUCUGCGUCCUGAGCAGCGCCAGGUCAGCACCGACGAGGGCAAGCAGCUGUCCGAGAAGUACCAAUGUGGCUGGACCGAGGCCAGUGCCCGCUACAACGAGAACGUCGGCAAGGCCUUUGAGCUGCUCAUUGCACAGAUCGAGAAGGCGCAGAAUCCUAAUGAGCCUCCCGCCGGUGGCAAGUGCAAUGUCAUCAUGCUCGACGUCAACGAUUUCAUUGCCGAGCGGGGUGGCAACCCAGAGAAGAUUAAGGAGUCGCAACGCCGCCGAGGAGCUCCCGUCGAGGUUGUCGACGAGAUUAUCGCCCAAUGGGACGACCACCGCAAGACCCUGUACGCUGCAACGCAGCUGAACAGCAAGAUCAAUGAGACGCAGAAGGCGAUCGGCAUGAAGAAGAAGAACAAGGAGAACGCCGACGAGCUCCUCCAGGAGAAGGCCGCACUCGAGAAGUCCAAGAAGGAGCUCAUAGACCAGGCCACCGCCAAGGAGGCCGAGUAUAAGGCCAAGCUCAAUUCUGUUGGCAACAUUGUGCACGACAGCGUGCCUAUCUCCAUGGAUGAGGCCAACAAUGAGGUGAUCCGCACCUGGGCUCCCGAGGGCGUGACUGUCGAGAAGCGCGACUGUCUGUCCCACCACGAGGUCCUCACGCGCAUAGACGGAUACGAGCCGGAGCGGGGCGUCAAGGUCGUCGGGCACAGAGGUUACUUCCUCAAGAACUGGGGCACGUUUCUCAAUCAGGCGCUGAUCAACUACGGCCUGGAGUUUCUGAACGGUCGGGGCUACACCGCGCUGCAGGCGCCGCAGUUCAUGCUGCGGGACGUCAUGGCCAAGACGGCGCAGCUCGAGCAGUUCGACGACGAGCUGUACAAGGUCACGGACGGCCCCCCUCAGAACGACAAGUACCUCAUUGCGACGAGCGAGCAGCCCAUCUCUGCCUUCCAUGCGGACGAGUGGCUGCAGAAGACGGACCUGCCGCUGAAGUACGCUGGUUUCUCUACCUGCUACCGGAGAGAGGCGGGCGCACACGGUCGGGAUGCCUGGGGCAUCUUCCGUGUCCACCAGUUCGAGAAGGUGGAGCAGUUUGUUCUCACUGACCCGGAGAAGAGCUGGGAGACGUUUGAUGACAUGAUUGGUGCCUCUGAGGCUUUCUACCAGUCCCUGGGCCUGCCGUAUCAGAUUGUUUCCAUCGUGUCUGGGGCUCUCAACAAUGCCGCUGCCAAGAAGUUUGACCUGGAGGCGUGGUUCCCCUUCCAGGGUGAGUACAAGGAGCUUGUCUCCUGCUCCAACUGCACUGAUUACCAGUCUCGAAACCUCGAGAUAAGAUAUGGCAACAAGAAGCAGACAGAUGUCAAGAAGACCUACGUCCACUGCCUCAACUCCACAUUGUGUGCCACUACCCGCGCCAUGUGCUGCAUCAUGGAGAACUAUCAGACUGAGGAUGGUCUGAGAAUCCCCGAGCCCCUGAGAAAAUACCUGCCAGGUGCUCCUGAUUUCAUUCCCUUCACCAAGGAACUCCCCAAGGACACCACCUCCCAGAAGCAAAAGGCCAAGGACAACAAGGCUCCAAAGGCCAAAGAGACUGCGAAUGUCUUGCAAGUUCCCUAG